UGAUAAAUGCCGUUUUCAUUUGUUGCUUAAAUCACUGUGAUAGCGAGCUGAUUAUCAAUAUUUGAAAUUACCAGUACUUAAUGUUUGUUUCUACAAAUACCAUAAUUUAAUUACUUCUCUUGAAAAUACCAAACCCCAAGAAAAUGGCCCAUGUCGUAUUUUUCGUUGAAAUAUUUUGAAGGGGAAGAAGGGGUUUCUGAUUAGCCCAGUAGCAGCCUAGAAGGGUUUUUGGAAUUGGAAGAGAGAAAGCAGCAGCAACCAUGGGAGAAAGAGAAGAAGCUUUGAGGGCAGUGGAGAUCCCUGGCCGGGGAAGAGCACUGGUGGCGUCUCAGCCGCUGAGGGGUGGCCAAAUAGUGCUCAAGGACUCCCCCAUCCUCGUAUACUCUGCUCUACCGCUCAUCCUUGCCUCUCCCUCUUCCUCUUCCUACUGCGCUCACUGCUUCAGAACCUUGCCAUUGCCAUUGCCCUCGGCGCCGCAGCCACUGCCAACAUGCCCCAACUGCUGCUCAGAACGCUUCUGCAACCAUAACUGUCUCUCCGCAGCCUCCACCUCCACUCACUCUCCUUGGCUAUGCCAAUCACUGCUCCGUCUCCGCCACCACUCUUCCUCACUCUCCCCGGAGCAGCAACUCCAAGCUCGUUUCCUCCUGGCCGCUCACAACCUUGCCAACCUCUCCUCGCCCCACUUCCAAAUUCUGCUCUCUCUUCAGGGUCAGUCCGAGCCUGACUCUACCGCCGCUGCCCAAUUCAUUUACUCCCUCAUCUCAUCAGUCUGUCUUCCUCCGGCGUCGGGUUGGUUCUCGUUGGAGCUCUCGGCGGCGUUGCUGGCCAAAGACAAGCUCAACGCAUUCGGAUUGAUGGAGCCUUUCUCCGAGAGUGCCCCAAGAUCCGUCAGAGCUUACGGCAUCUACCCCAAAGCCUCUCUCUUCAACCACGACUGCCUUCCCAACGCGUGCAGGUUUGACUACGUCGACUUCCCUUCAGGUGAGAACAACAACAUUGAUAUCAUCGUCAGAAUGAUCCACGAUGUUCCCCAGGGACGGGAAGUCUGCUUGAGUUAUUUUCCCGUGAACGAGAAUUAUCCCAGCAGGCAGAAAAGGCUGAGGGAGGACUACGGCUUCGCUUGUGACUGUGACCGCUGCAAGGUCGAAGCCCAGUGGUCCGACCAUGAGGGAGAGGAAGAGCAGGAUCACGGGGAAGAGGAGGAGGAAGAGGAAGAGCUUAUGGAUGAAGACAUUGAUCAAACCAUGGGUUCUUCUGCAGAGCCUGAGGGUGAGUCUGAGUUUGACUUCCCCCACGCCUAUUUCUUUGUGAGAUACAUGUGUGAUCGAAACAACUGCUGGGGCACGCUCGCACCUCCACCACCCUCCGCUGCCAAUUCUAAAUCUAAUGUUAUGGAGUGUAAUGUCUGCGGCAAUCUAAAAAAUGAUGACCAACAACUAUCCAUGGAUGAUGCUUGACUGCUGCCCGUUGUUCUUUGAUGAAUGCCUUUUUGUCAUGUUUGAAAAGAUCAGGGUCGUUCACUUAUCACGUGUUGACUCGUUCUGGUAGUGUCUUUCUCCUAUCCUAUGUCUUUGGUUAGUUGUUCUAGUUGAUCGAACUCUUUAUUAAGGAGAGGACUGGAAACCAAGAGAGUAGAUGAUACAUGUUAGAUGGCAUAUGACUAAUAUGGUAAUAUAUGGUUAUGGUGUUCCCAUCAUUCAUUUGUACCAUAUUGGUUCAAUUUUGUUUAAUGAACAUUUGUGGAGAGCACAUUGGCCAAAUACAAGUUGUUUGUUAUUUGGAUUA